CAGAAAAACAAACAGAUCUAAAUUAACCCAGAAAUAAGUAGUCGGAAACUGUAACUGAAGCACCAACUGAAAAAUCUGAAAAGUAUACAAAUAAUAACAACAACUCACGAUAACUAUGAAAGUUAACAAAACAAUCUGUUUAAAAGUGACCAAUGUUUACAUUCGAUAUUUGGCAUCAAUAGAUUAGUGAAAAAACAAUCCAAACAAGUGUUAUUUCUAGUUAUUUUAUCGAAAACUUUUAUGCUUGUGAAAGUUAUAGCAUAAUAAUUGCUAUUGCGAAAUGGAAUGCAGAAAUAAAGUAAAUAGUGCAUUUUUAAACUGGUAAUGACACGGAAAAUAAUGGAUAUAAAGCCUGCUGAAAUUGUGAAUAUUAGAACGUCUGAUGUAAAACGCUAUAAUUGUAUUGUCUGUGGUAAGAAUUUCCCAACACAUUUUAAACUGGUAUGUCACUGUCUUAUUCAUACAGGAGAAAGACCUCAUGCGUGCGAGAUUUGUGGAAAAACAUUUCGCCUCAAAGGACAUCUUAAAGAACAUUCAGAAAUGCAUUCAAAUUUAAAAGCCCACUGUUGUGAUGUGUGCAAUAAGUCAUUUUCUGUAAAACAAAGUUUAAAAUCCCAUAAGAAAGUCCAUACUGGUGAAAGACCUCACUCAUGUGAUAUUUGUAACAAAACAUUUUGGAGGUCAUGUGACUUAACUAGUCAUAAGACAGUACAUACUGGUGAAAAGCGUUACUCUUGUGAGGUAUGCUCUAAAAAGUUUUCAAGAAAAAAUAAUCUUAAUGAGCAUUAUCGUAUUCAUACUGGUGAAAAGCCUUAUUCUUGUACUGUUUGUCAACAAAGCUUUAUUCGCCUCAGUCAAAUGAAAAGGCACUCUGUAACACAUUAAUCUCUCUAUUUUAAAAUAUUUAAUUUAUUAUUUUAUGAUGCAUUUGUAGGAAAUCUUUUAGUAUUACUGAGAAACAAAAAGCGGUCAAAAUUUCCUUAUCGUAACGCUGGCAGGGAUCGAUAUGAGAAUUUUUUUCUCUGCUGUGUACAACAGCACUUUUUCCAUGAUUAUGUCAUUGCAUCUGACUCGUUGCAUGCUGGUAUCAGGAAUAAGUUGUUUUUCUUUGCUAAAUAUGUAAUGUACUUCAGGGGUCUGUCCAAGCCAAAUUUAAUACCGUUUAGGGGUACCUUCGCAAAUUCAACUUUAAAAAAAACGGUAGUUUCACAAAAUACCUACUUUUUCUUAAAAUUUUAUUUUUGUGUCUCGUAAGGAAUGAUAAAUCUAUAUUUUUACAAUAUUUUUGUGUUGAUUUUUUAAUAUAAUUUUUAAUCUUCACAAAUUAUGUCUAAAUUUUCACAAAAUAGGUACCUCUCAGAGAAAUCUAGACAGACUCCUGUACUUUUUAAUUUUGUUAGGUGCUAGUAAAUUCAACUAUAUUUUUUAUUUUUAUAUUUUUUAAGAGAACCUUGAUUUUGUUUUGUGGUACAAAUAACAGAUAAAAAAUAGUUGCAUUGCCUGGCCAAUCAAUAAGUACCUCUGAUGGCAAAGAAAAUGUUACCAGUUUUUGUUUUUAAAACAUAUGCUUCAAAACGGCUAUUUAUUUUAUUAUUAUAUUUAUAUUUUUGUAUCUUUAUAAAGUGAGAUUUAUUUUUGUAUUUAUUUUUAUACCAAUUGGUUUUGUUCAGUUGAUCUAUUGAUAUAAAUAAAGCAAAAUGUUUAAAUGUAUGCAUGAGUGUAUAUGUACUGUAUGCAAAUCUGCAACUCUGAACCAUUCUGCAUCAAAUUUAAUGUAUAUGCUUUUGUUGAUCAGUGUUAAAAAAAAAUUUUUGAAUAAAUGGACCACCCUGAA